AUGGAACCCACCGAAUCCGACCUCAUCGAUCACACCCGCAUCGACGCGGUAUUGACCGAGGACUCCAGGUAUGCUUAUACGACGCAUACUUACUAUGGAUGGCGUAAGGAAGCUAUAAAAUUUUGCACCUGGCGACGCGGGUUCAAGCCGAUCGGAGCCGGUGGAUUUGGCGCAGUGUACCGCGAAGAGUGCACGGAGGGCGCAGACCGAGGUGCCGUCCGAGCCGUGAAACAUAUUCGAAAGCCAGUCACAGCGAGAGGCAUCGACUACGGCCGCGAACUUGAGGCCGUCGCCCGGUUCUCGAAGCGGGAGUAUGAGCCAUUCUUUGUCCGUUCGGAAGGCUGGUACGAAGCCGAUGGCUGGAUUUGUAUCGUCAUGGAACUCGUACCCCAUGGCAAUCUCCAGCAGUAUGUGACAAUCCACGGCUUGCCCGAAGCUGAAACGCGAAUGCUCAUCGAGCAGACGCUGCAAGGUGUAGCCCAUAUGCACCGGGCCGGUUAUGCUCAUCGAGAUCUCAAGCCUCAGAACUUACUCGUCGCCCAAACUGGACCAGAUUGGAAGAUAAAGAUUGCAGAUUUUGGUUUGAGCAAGCGGCUCGAAAAGGAUCUCACGUCGCUUCGAACCAACGCCGGUACAGCUGGUUAUAUGGCGCCAGAGGUUCAGGGACUGCUGGCAGAUGAUGACGACACCCAGUCCAUCGACUCUGAGGACGGGCUGAACACGUCUUAUACCGCUGUUGUUGAUACUUGGGCGAUUGGAAAUAUCGCGUUCCAGCUCGUCACUGGUGAGCUUCCAUUCCCGACAACAAGGCAGCUUGGCAAAUACGUCCGAGGGAAAGUUGCGUUCCCCAAGGAAGCAUUGCAACAUCGUAAGCUCAGCGAGCUUGGCAUCUCAUUCAUCCAAAACUUGCUUAUGCCGCGUCCCCACGAUCGGCCUAGUGCGGACGACUGUCUGCAGCACAUUUGGGUAGGAUCAUCGCUGAAGCGUCUUGACCCUCUGCAGGAGACAAAGAAGUCGUUCGCGGCGUUGUCGUUUCAAUACGACGGAUACAUGAGCAGGAACACCAACGCAUCUGCAAGCUGGAACACCAACGAGCCUGCGAGCCAAAACAAUGAUAAAACGCAGACCCAAUCUCCCCACGGUCCGAGAGCAGAUAACGAGAAAGCGGUACAACCUGAGACAGAGACCAGGACACAGCGGGCAAUCUUUGAAGAAAAAUCGACGGAGCUUGCGCGGACGAUUGAGCGGGAUUAUUACGCGAGGAAAGAACGGGCGCGUGCUGCAGCUGCGGAAAAACAGCCUCCGUCGCCUUUUUUUAUGGUAGCGGGUCGCGAUGCAGAUACUGCGACAACUCGACGGAAGUCUCCCAAUCCAGACCCUCCACUUCCUCACCGAGUGCAGACAUCAUCCGUGUCGCGACCCAUCUCGUUCCGAGAACGUACAAGUUUCCCGGCAACCUGGGGUCCAACAUCAAAUGGGGGAAGUGCCGAUGCAUACAAGCCUUUCUUCGACAUUUCACCAUGCGGCAGAUUUCUUGUCAUCAUGUUUAGCUCUCCAAUCUUCGUUACCUUUGGUGGCAGCUGCUGGAUCAAGAUUUUUGAGGUAUCGAGUGGACGCUCGCUCAGUAAUUUCAAACUGCGCAACGAUUGGCUGCUCAAUCCAAGUGGCGAAAGAAUGUUCGCAUUCAGCCCUGAUGGUGGCCGCGUGGCGUUCGCUUUCAAGACGGGAUGGAGAGAGAGAGAUUUGAUUGCGGUCCUGGUGUAUAAUCUUGCCACUGGGUACCUAGUGUACGAAGACACGAUAAAUUCGAACAAUUCAUUCAUAUUGGGAUUCAUCAAAGACGGCCGACUUGCUUACCUGUCGCAUGCCGACCAAGGAAAGUCUGCUUUGAAGCUCACGCUCUUAGCACUGCCUAGAACGGAUCGGAUAGAAGAAUUCAUGAUCGAUGUGUACAGCGAAUACCUUGGGGCUUACUCCAACUUGUCACGAGACGGUGCGUUCGUACGCGGAAUAUGCGGAAAAAAAGGAUCAGAGCAGACCUACAUCUACGACGUCGCAAAGCGGAAUCUAUCGCUGUAUCCGCGACCGUCGGAAGAAGGCCGCCAACUAAGUCAAUGGCGCAUCAGUCCUGAUGGGAAUCUGUUAGCGCUCGAAUACGUCAACACCAAGCCAGAAGAUGACAACACAUCUAGCCGGAGCCUUAUCAGAUUGUUCGACGUCUCGGCUGGGGGUACGAAAGAAAUGUGCCCGCCAAUCGAAGGCCCCUCGAACGGCCAGGCUUUCGAAUUUUCUCCAGACGGUCAGCACAUCAUUUCAUCGUCGAGCUGUGAGUUGCAAGUAUGGUACUUGGGUGCGGGAUCUGAGCCGGUAAAGGCGACAUUCGAAAUGCCGGCGGACAAGCCUCAUGAUUCUCGUAGUAUGCGGAUCUCCUAUGGGGCUGCGAUGUUGGCCUUCAUGACUGAGGAUCAAGCCACCAUCAAGAUAUGGGACAUUGUCAAUGAGUGA